CAGGUUUAUCGUUAACCAUUCACUGUCACCCUCACCGCCUCUGCCAUGGCAACAGCUACUAGUUAUGGUCUAGACUACUACAUGUACAUAUAUGGCAUAGGUGAUUUGAGAGUCGACGUUCAUCAUGGAAGGUGGCUCAUCAAUCACUGAUGCCAUUGGGGAAGAAGAUUACAUGAGCCCUCAAAAGAAGUAUCGUUCUGACUAUAGCGAUGAAAGCGACAGUGAGGUCGGUGUAGCCUGGUCUCCUGGGGACGGGAUUUGUCCAUCAACAGCAGAGUUCCAUCUUUGCUACACUUCCUCUUUCUACACCUACUUGGUUGACUUUCUAAGCCUCCUCAAACAUGUCCCCCCGUUUCUAUCCUGUCUCCCAGAAGAUGUCCAUAUUACAGGGAGAAGGAGAACAUUUCUUAUGCUUAGGUCAUCUCUACAGAUACAUUCAACAGAUGAUCCAGACUGCGAUCAACCUUACAAGCUGAUUAAUUAUCUUCAAUGCCUCGGGUCUCCAAAGCCUGUCGUCUACAAGCUGAAGGCUGAGACGCAAUUACAACCAGUCCUUCCUAUACGCACCAAGGCCUUUCGCUCUGGGUAUUUCACAAAUAUCGUUUUAGCUUGGUCCUACAUCGUCUCUUGCCGCUGGUCAGAAUUAUUCCAACGAGCAGGUUGGAACAGCCAGGUACUCCAUGAAAAUGGUAUGCAGAUUGAGGACUCUUUCUGGCAUCUAGUCACGCAAGGCUGCUGGCUAGCACUAGUGAAGAAAGAAACAGCUGAAGGGGCUAAGAAAGACUGCAAUUGGGUGCCAGUCACACCAAAUUCGUCUCUGGCCUUUCAUACUCUUGUGGACUUCUGCAUAUCGGAAGGCCUGGAACUGGAAUUGACCACCGGUCUUGCGUCUGUUUUACUAUUGACAUCGCGGAACGCAGCUUCGCCUAAUCUCGCUCCUGCUGUAGCAGCCCCGACUGCUUCUGCUGCCUAUCCACCAAGAGCAAAAGACGCGGUCUUUCAUGAACUUUACCAAUCUAUUGAUAGAUUUCUCACUUUGAGCUCCACCCAGGAUGCUUUGGACUCGUUAAUAUGCAGUGCCUUUUUUGACCAAUCUAUUCCCUGUAAUUUCAUGGGAGCUGCAUCUUUGGGUGUGAGGAAAGCCCUCUCAACGGCAGACAAGAUCGAUGACCAACAGCUCCUUAGAGCGAUCACAUAUACGAACCCAUCUCUAUGUCACUUUUGGGUCGCAGCUGUCCGUGGAGGUCAAGUAGACUCGUUUCUGAAGAAGAAAGUUGUCACUCGGGCAAACGAAUUUCAAACUUCAUUUUAUUGCCGGUCAGGCACAUCUGUGCCAUGGUCACCCGCACCUCCCUUCGGUACAACCCCCGUCGAAAACGUCAGUCUUGAAAUCCGACAACACCUCGGACAUUUGCACAGACCUAUCUCAUGGACCACAUGCUGGGUUCCGAGUUCUGGUAAGAGGAUCCCCGCGACCGAACCGUACCAAAUUCGUCUUUCUCAGGUUCAGAGGGUGUAUCGCUCUUCAUCUACAGAGCAUCUUGACGAUGUUUCCUACGCUGAGCAAAAUGCGGCUGAUGAACAAUCAUGGGUUGCAACAUCUCGUUUGUUCAAUUGGCAUAGAAGCUAUGAUGAUGGCCUCUGGCUUGAUGAUGGGACGGGCGACAUUGAAACGAUUCGUCAAUUCCAGCAACACCAAUGGAUUAUCGAUCCUUUUCUUGAAAGUGAGCUUGACGACCCAAUAGAGGAGCCUAAGGAUCGUGAGCCUGGCGUUGAGAGUAUCUUGUGGUGGAUAGAUGAAGCUGAGAACCAUCGACACGAGCACCAGUAA